ACGUGAGGCAACCAGAAGGUGAUACUAUAAAGUCUCCCCUGUGCAUGUUGACAGUAAAGGAAAUAUACGUCUCUGCUAGGGUUUAAACAGAUGUAACCCCGCCUAGAUUUUCCUCAGUUCUUUAUAGUCGCCGCGUCUCCUUCCUCCGUCAGUACCGAAGGUAACUCCGUGCGUAAAGCUCCUGGAAACCAUACGGACACCGUAGCCUACAGUUUCAACCUCUACCACCCUUCUCAAAAGACUGAAACGGAAGAAAAUCAUUUGAGGUUUCCGCUGAACAGCCGGAAAACAUUUAGUGAUUGAAAUCAGAUUUUUAUCUAUUUUUUUUACUUCUGUGUAUUUUCCUGCUCGCAAACAUUCUGUCCUGAUGCCUCGCCCCCGAGCCGCUGCACCGACUCGGUUAAAUUAUAAAGAGUAAACAAUGUGCAAAGCGAAUUACACCGUAGGAACUAUUGUGGAUGCUCUUGGAUUUAACAGCCGGUACCUGUAAAAACAAAGAUUCACUCAAACUUAUGGCGUGAAGCAAAAAACGAUCUGCAUGUUGAGGGCCCGUACUUGGCCUUCGUCACUCACAGCUAAUGGAUGUCUUUACCCAGUAUGCCUACAAUGACAGUUUCAAUGACAAUGAAACAUGGAGCUUCAACAAAACAGAUCAAGAGCAGAAGCACCCUUACAACUACUAUGCCAUGCUGCUUACUCUGCUCAUCUUCGUCAUUGUCUUCGGCAACGUGCUGGUGUGCAUCGCUGUGUCCAGAGAGAAGGCCCUGCAGACCACCACCAACUACCUGAUUGUCAGCCUUGCUGUUGCUGACCUCCUGGUGGCCACACUGGUUAUGCCCUGGGUUGUCUACUUAGAGGUAGUGGGAGAGUGGCGCUUUAGCAAGAUCCACUGUGACAUCUUUGUCACUUUCGAUGUGAUGAUGUGCACAGCCAGCAUCUUCAAUCUCUGUGCAAUCAGCAUUGAUCGUUACACAGCAGUUGCAAUGCCAAUGCUGUACAAUACUCGCUACAGCUCCAGGAGAAGGGUCACAGUAAUGAUCUCUGUGGUGUGGGUACUAUCUUUCGCCAUAUCAUGCCCCCUAUUGUUUGGCCUAAAUAACACAGCUACACGUGAUGAGUCUCUCUGUGCGAUCGCCAAUCCGGCCUUCGUGGUAUACUCCUCCAUAGUGUCCUUCUAUGUUCCCUUCAUCAUCACUCUGCUGGUGUAUGUGCAAAUUUAUGUGGUACUGAGAAAGCGCAGGAAACGUGUCAACACCAAACCGAAGCAGCGCGUCUCUCAGGCUGCCCAGCCGGAUGGGGCCACUUCGCUGAAGGAUAAGUGCACUCAUCCAGAGGAUGUGAGGUUGUGCACCAUGAUUGUUAAAUCUAAUGGGAGUUUUCCUGUCAACAAGAAGAAAGUGAUAUUCAUCAAAGAUGUAGUUAAUGAGGGGGAAGAUCUGGAGCUGGAUGAGCUGAACAACAGUGGCUGCAGCCAGAAACAGAAACAGAAGCAGCAACCACAGUGUGCUCUUGGAGACACUCCGGCCACAAGCCACCAGCAACUGAUGCCCAACAAGGCCAAUGCUAGCCCCACCUCCACACCUCCCACACCUCCCGAGGAAGGCCAGGAAGCAGAAAAGAAUGGAGAUCCUACCAAGGAGGCCCUCGGGGAUCCAACACCCAUUGUUGCCAAAGCCUUCCAGACGCAGACCUUACCUAAUGGCAAGACUCAGACCUCUGUGAAAACCAUGAGCAAGAGAAAGAUUUCCCAGCAGAAGGAGAAGAAGGCCACCCAGAUGUUAGCCAUUGUCCUUGGAGUAUUCAUCAUAUGCUGGCUGCCGUUUUUCAUUACACAUAUCUUGAACACCCACUGCACAAAAUGCAAGGUUCCCGCUGAGCUGUAUAAUGCUUUCACUUGGCUGGGCUACGUGAAUAGUGCCGUAAAUCCCAUCAUAUACACCACCUUUAAUGUCGAGUUCAGGAAGGCAUUCAUUAAGAUCUUGCACUGCUAAACUGCAGCCUCACUUGUCAGACUGAGGGACUGAGGGAAGAGCGACAAAUAAAAGAAUCUCUUCUGGCAAAUACCUCAUCCUGUUAAGGAAAACUCACCACAGGCGGAAACUGCGUUCUGCUUUUUCAAGUUAUGGAGCUGAGAAAAACUGGCAGUGUCUUAUUGAAAGGCAUGUUGGCUCUAUAUGUGAAUUGUUUGUGGAGUCCCGUUCUCCAAAUCACUGAAUGUAAAACAAAAAAUGUCUGUAACAAUGACCUGUUUCAUGGAGAAAAUAAACAUGUAAAAUCAUUGUAUUUGUCACAUAAGGAGCCAUCUGUGUAUACCACACACAUACAAGUUGCAAACUGCUAUUUAUUGUGUGUAUGUACUUUACAUUUUGAUGAUGGAAAUUUACUGCAAAUCUUAUAGAUAUCAAGUCAGUGUUCAUUGCAGUGUUAAAACUGAUUCGUGAGCUCUUAAUCUUAAAACCUAUCACUGAUUGGAAUGUGUAUCAAAGACAAGAGACAAUUUACUUGCUGUAUAAUGUGGCUAUGCCAAUAUCCACAUUUUUGCAAAUUUAUGAAUUUAAAAAUCGUAUUAUUGUUAUUAUUUGCUGUACAUAAUUUUUAUUAAAACAUUAACUGUGAUUAUAUGCCUGCAAUGGGAACGUGAUGCAUGCUAUACUGCUCCUCUACUUGACUUCUCAUGAAAUGUAUGUUUAACAAAAAGUUACAAAAGAUGUCCAAUAAAUGAAGUUAUGAGACACUGGAAAGUGCCACAUGAACAUCAGUGUUUACUGUGUGUAUACAGAUACACCCAUAAAUGAUUUGACAUUGGUCUGCAGACUCUCUUAUUCCCAGGACUGGUUUGCAGUUUGAGUAAUGGUGUUUACUGGAAGUGACUCUGAGUUGUUCCAGGCCAAACUAAUGAUCUGCACUGUAUGUUGACUUUGCAGCUUCUAGAUAUAAUCAUGUGGAUGUGUGCAACCCCUAAAGCGGCUCCCAGGGGCCGAGUAAGAAUGAGGUGAACUUGGCCAAAACUCAAAUAACGGAUACAGCAAUAUAUCUUUGUGUUGUUUUGGGUGACAAGUCCUGCAUUUCAUUUCAAUUCAACAAUAAAGACAUUGGGCCUCAAUCACCAAUAUAUUCCUAAAUUUGUUCUUAAAUUUGAAAGAUCCUCUUUUCUUAAACUGCAGAGUUGUUUGUAACUGUGUUGUUAUGGUGAUGAGUCCCAUUGUCUUUGUAAAUUGAAGGCAUGAGCCAGUUAAUUUUAUUUAGCAUCAUGAGAUCAGCAUGAGACUGAAGGGUUGUGUGCACACAGAAAUUGAAUGAAAUGUUAAGAGAAUUAUGUCAAGAAUGCCAAAACGAAACUCUAAACAGGGUGGGACUCUGGACCAAAGUUUAUAAUGUUUGCUAAUUGGCAAAUUAGUAAUCCAGUAAAAAUGAUGACAAAUUCUGUUGAAAUAUAAAUAUUUAUUAUUAAUAGUUUAUGGUUCAUUUUAAAUGAUGGAAUAUAUGUGAAAAUCUGUGUGUAAAACAUCUCUCCUAUCCAGGUGCUGGGUCCCUAAAUGUAAUGGUGAUUUGCGCUUUCCAAAGAUUCACAAACAAUGUAGAAUGCUUCCUUAAAUAAAAAUAAACACUUUAACUUUAUAACAUUUAAAAAAAGACAUUUAACAACAUUUAAAACCCAAAUGGUUCGAGCCACUGACUUGGGUGUGUGUCUUGGAAGUUCCACCUUGGUAGCUAAAUCACCAAUGCUUGAAUUGACCAUGUAUGACUUGUUCCUGUAUCAGUGCUUUUAGUGAUUUUCUUUGUGAUUCUGUACAUAUGUUUGUAAUUAUUUGACUUGAUUCCUUGAUACUGUUUUGUGUUGUUCAAUUUUGUGAUAAAUUCCCGAUGUACACUGGGACUAUUUCUUCAAUGGCACACACUUGAGUCAGUAAUAGUUAAGCUCUGUGCCCGGUUUUUCAAAACGUAAUAAAAGUAAAAUUAUUUUUGGGAAGUAUUCAACAGUUAUUUGGAAAUAUUUGUGGAUAAAGGUCAACAAAUGGAAAUAAACUUUUAAAAAUAAUUCUUUACAAUCCGAUAUGUAGACACAGAGUACACUUUAGGAGUCAGAGUACACUGUCAGUGGAUGGAUAUCACCAUGUCUUGGACAGGGAGCGAUGCCAAAGUUGUGGCUGUGAAUUGCAGUCGUUCAUGAGUAGUUUACAUCACUAAUACUAAAUCGCUUAAGCGUAACAUCCGUCUUUGUGAUGACCAAAGACAGUCUACCAUUGCAUCAUUUUCUGGAGAAAAGAAAAUCCUUAUAACAGCAGGGCAAGAGCAAGCAACAACAACACAAUAUUGAAGUUCAUGUUAACAUUCACUAACAUUCACUGAGUCCAAAAAGUAACAAAAUUAAAGUUCUCACUUUUAAGGAAAUAUAUCACUCAUUAUGAGUUCUACUGCUGCAGAGAGGAUUCUCAAGAAAGGCAGACUUCUUGUGAUGUUGUGUUGUGAAUUGAAAGAAACUAAAUUGUCGAUGAAUGGAUGUCAGAAGAACUGACAGUUUUUCUCCAAUCUGAAACCAGUCAUACUUCCAACUUGUCAAUUACAAACGCUUGGUCAGUACCCGUCGGCGUCUGAUACUGAUGUACCAGGCUUCCAACUAACUCCAAUGUAAACCCACCUGCGUCAUUAUUAGCCACUCAGUGCAACUAGCAUUGUACAGAGCAGGAUAGUCUACAGAGGUUAAGGGGCAGGGGUGGUGGAUAGGCUAAACAAACACAGGGCUUUCGUACAGGAGACCGCUACAUGUUGUUAGUCACAUGUGGCGCUGGUCACAAGACUCGUUUGGUGCAAAAGUAGUAGCCUCAAAGUAAAAAGCACUCCUUAAUCAGAAUGGCCCAUUUCAGAAUAAUGUGCAUUAUGGAUUAUAAUUAAUGUGUACAGCACUGUUUUGUUGAAGCCAGUAAAGUGGGAGCGAAUUUAACUAUAUUAUACACUUUAUCUACCGAGGGAGCUUGUAUAUUUGUUUGUCUCAAUCUACAAAGUAAUUAUCAAAUGAAUGUAGUGAAGUAAAAAGUAGCCUAAAAUUAAAAUAUUCAAGAAAGUACAAAUCUGUACAAAAAUCAAAGUGUAAAAACAACACUGUACAGCAGGGG